AUGUGGAAGGAAGCCGAUGUCUGGAGCUCUGGAGGCUGGAGCCCUAUAGUGCAGGCCUACGUGACGCACAUGGAGCUGGGCAUAUGGAGAGGCGGAGGAGAGAGCAGCCUGGAUCACAGUCUGGGGCUGCUGCGCUCGGGGCCAAGAGUUCACGGCGCUGUCCCCGAAGAUCGUGCGGUGACUUUCUCCCAGAUUGACGCAAGCUGCGGAGAUGGUUUUCUGAACGAGAACAACUAUUUCGGGUGA